AUGAACGUCUUUGGGUUCCCUGCGGACGAUAGCACCCUUGUUACUGAACGGAAUCUUGCUCUCCACGACGCUCGCCUUGCCCUCGACUGGGUCUGGCGCGAUAUUGCCUUCCUCGGCGGCGACCCUUCAAAGGUAACCCUUGUAGGCGAGAGCGCCGGCUCCUGGACGAUCGAAUCCCUCCUCACAGCACCCCCACUGGAGCCCCUCCCCUUCCGCGCCGCAAUCAUGACCUCAGGCCUCCUCUCCGUCUCAGCCACACCCCGCAGCAUCACCUCUUACAUCGAAGCGUCGAAAACCCUAGUCAAUGUCGCCGGACUGCCCAGCAAACUCCCCCGCCAGACUCAAAUACCUCCAAGAGCUACCAGCCGAAGUAUUGCAAUCCCUCACCGUAAACAACAGCCUCGCCUUUAG